AUGCAGGAUAGCAAUUUGUCCAAUGAUGAUCGUUGUGGUUUUCUGUUUAAUUGGAUAGUUGAUAAAAUAAAGAACGAAUUGGAGGAGGGUCGAUAUCUGCAGGCCACCAAGGAUAUUUAUAAAUUACUGCAGGAAAUUGGAUCUGAGUGGAGGUGCAAUAAUAUAUACAAUGGUAUGGGCAAACCCCUUUUCGAAGAGAGUAGAGAAUUGUUCGACUUCGAUUAUAACCUCAAAACCUUACAACAACAGAAGCCGUCAGGGGGCAAUACACAAUCCUGUUGGCCACAGUACAAUGCACAUUGGACGAAUGCUAAAAAAGAAUACGAAAAAAUGGGUGCUCACUGUGAUGUGGACCAAAGUUGUUUGGCAUUUAGGAAAAAAUAUGACCACUAUUUUGCAAAAAACGGAGGGGAACCACCAAAAUUGCCCUGUGCAGCAAUGUCUAAGGAAGAAAAGAAGAAAGAAGAGGAAGACCCAGAAGAACAAUCUGACGACGACCUCGUCGACAUCGACCUUCCCGAGGAAGAGGAAGAUGGCCUGCCGGGUGAACCUGGAGUUUUAGGGGUGAACAAAUUAAAGGAAUUACCUUCCUAUACAGAUUUCUACAGUAAAUUCAAUGAUGGCUCGACCAGUUGUGAAAAUUCUACCACAUGGUUCAAACAGAUGAAAGUUAAAUUAGAGGAUGAUGAGGAUACUAAGAAAUAUGCCGAACAAGUUGUAAAAGCAGUAUGUUACCUAUACGAAAUGAAGGACAACCCUCCUAACUCCAAUAAAGAGUAUUGCAACUUCUUUUAUUUUUCGGUCGGAAAUAUGUUAUUGAAGGAACUUAAGGGUAAAGGAAAAUCAUUCAAUGCUGCUAUGGAAAAAAUUAAAACAGCAGUAGAAUGUAGUACAAGUGAUCAUGGUUGCUACUUUACAUGCAAUAAUGGAAAGCACAGUAAAUUUUUCCCGCAAAGAAAAUUGCUAUAUGAAUACCUCAAGGAUAAAAACACUAUACAACAACAAAUAAAGGGUGGUGGUGGUACAACUCCCUGUACUCAGAAAUACUUCACUUACUUGGAGAAAAUUAAUGCUGCUUACAUGACCAUUUAUGCACAACGUAAUGGGCAGCAAUGGAAUCACAUUUGCAAAGAAUUUGGUGAAAUUUUUGACCAAGGAGUGGGGAAAUUAAGUGAAGUGGAAAACUUAAAAUGUUUAGUAGUAACUACACCGGAGCAUGAAGAACGCACAGCAACAUCAGGUAGCUCCCCCUCUGAAGGGAGUAACAGUGCUACCAACAAAAUCACUCCUAUUGUCAUGUCCAUAAUUGGAAUAGUUGGUCUACCAGUAACCACAUUCUUUUUAUAUAAAGUAAGUAAUAACUACAACAAUUACAAUUAUAAUUACCACUAUACUUAUCCACAACAGAUGCAUCUACUAUAUAUAAUGAACAACAAUCACCACCUCAAGGAAGAACAAAUAAUAGAGGGGGACAACAACAACAGAGACAACGUCAGCGAGGACAAAGAACCAAUAUAA